AUGCAAAACAAACAUUAUUUGGAUGCAGUGGCUGACCGGGGAAGUUCUUACAGCAUUGCCGCUCCCAACCGCCGGAGCAGCAGCGCAAUUCGCCUAAGUGCAAAAGAGAACAGAGAAGCAGAGGGCGAAGAAGAGGCGAGCAGCGAAGAAGCUGCAGCAGCAGCUGCAGCAGCAGCUGCAGCAGCAGCUGCAGCAGAAACUGCAGCAGAAGCUGCAGCAGAAACUGCAGCAGAAGCUGCAGCAGAAGUGCCCUUUGCUGAUUUCUUUGCUGAGCACUGCAGCAAAGAAACUGAGCCUGCGGAGCCGCCCUGCGUGGAAUACAAGCAUAAAGAGGAAGUGCCCGGGGGCUUUAAUCCUCUACUUGCCCUGGCUAACAUCUUCCAGAGGCUGGCUGACGAGAAGAGAGCAGAAGCCCUAGCUGCAGCAGCAAGUGCUGCAGCAAAUGCAGCAGCAAAUGCAGCAGCAAAUGCAGCAGCAGACGAGCCUUGCGAGCCCGCUGAAGAACCAGCAGAAGUGAAUGAAUAG